CAUAUUGCAUCAGGAGCAACUGUCGGCACCGCGGCGAAAUGGAGCGAGCUGCGGCGGAUAACAGAGCUGAUAAAGAACUUGAGGGAGUGAGAGAUGAAUUUAUCCAACGAGUGUCUGAUGCAAUGAUUAAUCAACUCUUAGAUUUAUGUUUAAAAGAUCACUUGCUUAAUUAUGAAGAGAAGGAUUCAAUCCUGGAGGAGAACCGCACCCGAGCUAAUAAGGCACGCGCUCUCAUUGACGCGGUGAUUAAAAAAGGAGCCGAGACCUGCGAGAAGAUGAUUGGUUACCUGGAAAGAAAAGAUCAAAAUCUUUUCAAACUUCUGGGUUUGUCCAGCACUCAGUCUUCUCAGACAGCAGCUGAUAAAAGGAGAAGAGAAGAAGAGGGAGAAGAGGAAACGGCUUGUAAAAAAGCCCGACACGAGGACAAACUGGAUGGAGUGAAUCAGAGCCAAGACUUGUCAGAGAUGCAGCUUCUGCAGGUCGCCGAGCAGCUUGGGAUGGAGUGGAAGCAGGUCGCCAUCUACUUAGGCUUGGAAACCAAAGACGUGGAUGACCUUGAGGAAUCAGAGAAAAGUGUGACCAUGCGGAAGCAGAAAAUGCUGCUGAAGUGGAAGAGAAAAAAGAAGCCAGGUCAAGCUACAGCCAAACACCUGCUGGAGAGCCUGAAGAAAAUGAACAACCUGUCUCACAAAGUUUAUGAGAUACUGGAAGCUGCAGCAGGCCCAGUGGAUCAGAGUGGAUCAACUCCUUCAGUCUCCAGCGUGGAAGAGUUCUGGAAGUCCAAAGAGAACGAUCCAGAGGUCUAUCCUGUGACACAAACUUCCUUUAGGAACCGUGUUGCUCUGCUGAUCACUAAUAUCAAGUUUUCUGAGAAAUCAAUGAACAGAAGGGGAGCAGAGAAAGACGAGGAGAACAUGGAGAAACUGCUUUCUAAUCUGGGAUAUGAGGUGGUGAAAUACACAAACCUCACUGGAAAGGCGAUUGAUGAGGCUUUAAUUGACUUCACUAAACAUCCCAAACUAAAACACACUGACAGCGUGUUUGUGGUUCUCAUGUCUCAUGGGAAGCUUCGGAAAAUUCUUGGGGCUGAUUGGAAAAAAGACCAACCAGAUGAAUUUCCAAUCAACAACAUUUUCAAACACUUGGGCUCUAAGAGCUGUCCAGAGCUAAGAGACAAACCAAAGGUCAUCAUCAUACAGGCCUGCAGAGGAGAACAAGGAGGAAGCGUUCUGGUUAACGACGGUCCAAACACAGCGGAUCAUGUUCUACAAUCGGAGGAUCUGGAAGCAGACAAGCUUCAAUUUGUUCACAUAGAGAAAAACUUCAUUUCUCUUCUUUCCUGCACACCUGACACCGUGUCGUACAGACAACCAGAUUAUGGGUCUCUCCUCAUCCAAUACAUUGUGAAGGUUUUCACCCCAGAGUCGUACAAGAAACACAUUUAUGAGCUUUUCAGGAAGGUCCAGCGGCAUGUUGAAGAGUUUAAGAGCCGUGAGAAACUCCAGAUGCCAACAAUUGACAGAUGCACCCUGACAAAGAAAUUCUACCUCUUUCAAGGCCUCCUGCACAACAAUCUAUCAGAAGACAGGACGUUCACCUCCAGGUUGAUGGCUGACAAGGAGCUCGCCAGAGUGAGAGGGAGAUUUGUGGAAAAAGUCUCCAAAGCUUUAAUCAAGCAGCUGCUGGACGACCUGUUGGAAGACCGCUUGUUGAACGAUGGGGAGACUGACUCUGUGCUGGAGGACAACACGGGGAAAGCGGACAUGGCCCGCUGCCUCAUCGACAUGGUGAGGAAGAAAGGGGACAAAGCCAGCAGGAAGAUGAUCGAACACCUUGAAAACAGAGACCCUACUCUUUACUCCGAACUCGGCCUCACCUGUAAGCCAAUGCCAGUUCCAGCUCCUCAGAACCAGCCCGCCUGGUCAAACUCCCUCGUCACCACGACCGACUCCUUCUGGAACGAGAAGCGGAACUCCAGAGAUGUUUACGCCGUGUCAGAUGAGUCCCUCAGAAGUCGUGUGGCCCUUUUAAUCACCAAUAGAAACUUUGCUAACGAGAGAUUAACCAGGAAGGGAGCCGAGAAAGACGAGGAGAACAUGGAGAAACUGCUGAGAUCCCUGGGAUAUGAGGUGGUGAAGCACAACGACCUCACUGCACAGAGGAUCAAUGAGGUUCUGCACGCUUUCGCAGAGCAUCCAAAGCUGAGGGACACCGACAGCGUGUUUGUGGUGAUCAUGUCUCAUGGGAAACGCGAAUAUGUCCUUGGGGUCAACCACAGCGAGGAAAAACCAGAUGAAUUCCCCGUCGACAACAUUUACAAACACCUGGGUCCCCAGGAAUGUCCCGCCUUGAUGAACAAACCCAAGAUCAUCGUCAUCCAGGCCUGCAGAGGAGAGACGGGUGGAUCCGUGAUAGUCAGUGACAGCGCUUCGGUGGUCUCUGAUGACGUGUCGCAGCAACUUCCUGCUAAUGUAGGCAGCAAGAUUGUUGGCGAUGCUCUCCGAUAUGUCCACAAAGAAAAGGACUUCAUCUCCCUCCUGUCCAGCACUCCGGACACCGUCUCCUACAGAAGAGAGGAUUUGGGCUCCUUCCUGAUUCAGUACAUCACGGAGGUCUUCAACACCUGCUCCCACGAGGACGACAUCGAUGAGCUUUUCAGGAAGGUCAUGCAGCGCUUUGAGGAGUUUCCUGAUGCAACCAAAAGACAAAUGCCAACAAAAGACAGAUGCACUCUAACGAAGCGCUUCUACCUUUUUCCAGGCCACUGAGACAGCCAACCUUUGGUAAAUUUGUGAAGCUAACAUUAAUAACAUUUACUGUUUGACAAACCACUGUGUCACACUGAAUUGUGCCUUUAAAAUACUCCUUAUGUGUAUCUUUAUAUAAAACUCUACAUGUAGGCAUAACAAGGUGUCGGGCUUUUAAUCUUGUUUAUUCUUUUAAUUGUUUUUUAGACUGUGGGUGAUUGGAUUAUUUUACUAAGGAGUGCAUAUUUACUUUAAUUGGAUUCAGUUUCAUUCACUUUAGACAAUUUUUUUUAUACUGUGCUUAAAAUAAAGAAUAAACAUUUGAAGAAAAA